UUUGCCCUCCUGACACAAAGCCAGACACUUUAUCAGCUUCAUUGUGCACUUAGGGUCAUGUGCUAACAAAGAGGAUUUCUCUAGUUAUAAUCCCCCUAAUGACGGCUUCUCCCAGCCUUCCCCCAAACCCCACCAGGCCCCGUGGCUUGGCAAGCCAGAGAGAAUAAAGGCAGAACGGUGCUUGGCUUUUGAACUGAGUUCAAGGCAAUUAAAGUCAAGGGCUAAGGAGAGAAGGAGGGGGCUUAGGAAGGCAGCAUAAUAAGCAGUAUGGCUGGAGCACUCUAAAUUAACUCAAUUAGACAGAGCCUGAUUUAACGGGGAGAGCUGGCGAGAAGCGCUCCCCUCAUUAAAUUUGAUGUUAGAGGAGCUUCUGCUGAAAUUAAAUUUGUGUUAGUUGUCUGAGUCACAUAAAAUAGCAUGUGCAUGGGCAUGUACGCAUGUGCACACAUGCAGGUUCUGUGAUUCAGGUGGGAAUUUUGAGAGGGGAUUGGAAAGAGUUAGCACUAAAAAACGAAACAAAAUAAAAGAAAAGGAGGUUUGAGUGAGCGAGUGCGCCAGAACCCAGCAGUGAAAGACAAGGGGGAAAACUGGACAGAAAACAGGUGGGAAGCCUAGCCAGGUCUCCCAGUUAAGAAGACAUGGGUUUUGUGCAGUGGGGGCUUCUGCUGGGCUGCCUGGGCUGUGGAAUUCUGCUUGGAGUUCGGGCUCAGUUUCCCCGGGUCUGCAUGACCUUGGAUGGUGUGCUGAACAAAGAGUGCUGCCCGCCUCUGGGCCCCGAGCCGGCCAACAUCUGUGGGUCUCAAGAGGGGCGGGGCCAGUGCACAGAGGUGCAGACAGACACCAGGCCCUGGAGUGGCCCGUAUGUCCUUCGAAACCAGGAUGACCGUGAGCAGUGGCCAAGAAAAUUCUUCAACCGGACGUGCAAGUGCACAGGAAACUUUGCUGGUUAUAAUUGUGGAGGUUGCAAGUUUGGCUGGACCGGCCCCAGUUGUGACCAGAAGAAGCCACCUGUCCUACGGCGGAAUAUCCAUUCCCUGACUCCUCAGGAGAGGGAGCAGUUCCUGAACGCCUUAGACCUGGCGAAGAAGAGUGUCCAUCCAGACUACGUCAUCACCACACAGCACUGGCUGGGACUGCUUGGACCCAACGGAACCCAGCCACAGAUCGCCAACUGCAGCGUGUAUGACUUUUUUGUCUGGCUCCAUUAUUAUUCUGUUCGAGACACAUUAUUAGGUCCAGGACGCCCCUAUAAGGCCAUAGAUUUCUCACACCAAGGGCCUGCAUUUGUCACUUGGCACAGAUACCACUUGUUGUGGCUGGAAAGAGAUCUCCAGAGACUCAUUGGCAAUGAGUCCUUUGCUCUGCCGUACUGGAACUUUGCAACUGGGAAGACUGAAUGUGAUGUAUGCACAGAUGAGCUUCUUGGAGCAGCAAGACAAGAUGACCCAACCCUGAUUAGUCAGAAUUCAAGAUUCUCCACCUGGGAGAUUGUGUGUGACAGGAAUGCUCUGGAAGGUUUUGAUAAAGCCGAUGGCACACUGGACUCUCAAGUCAUGAGCCUUCAUAAUUUGGUUCACUCCUUCCUGAACGGAACGAAUGCUUUGCCACACUCGGCUGCCAAUGAUCCUGUUUUUGUGGUCCUCCACUCCUUCACAGACGCCAUCUUUGAUGAGUGGCUGAAAAGAAACAACCCUCCCACAGAUGCCUGGCCUCAGGAGCUGGCACCCAUUGGUCACAAUCGGAUGUAUAACAUGGUUCCCUUCUUCCCACCAGUGACUAAUGAGGAACUCUUCUUAACCGCAGACCAACUUGGCUACAAUUAUGCCAUUGAUCUGGCAGUGGAAAAUGCUCCAAUUUGGACCACAACCCUCUCAGUGGUCACAGGAACACUGGGAGCUUUCAUCGGUCUCUUGGGGCUGCUGGCUCUCCUUCAAUAUAGAAGGCUCCGCAAAGGAUAUGCACCCUUAAUGGAGACACAUCUAAGCAGCAAGAGAUACACGGAGGAGGCCUAGGGUGCUCUUGUCUUGUCCUAGGGAAAAGGCCGGCCAAGCCAUAAUCCUGACCCAGGCAGUAACUAAAUGUAGCCUCAUUGAUGUGGCUUUAGGUGAAAGUCUCCAGCAUGUGCUCUUUGGGAGUGAUGAUGACCCCCACAUGUGCUCUUCAGUAGUGAUGAUGACCCCCUCCCCCACAGAGAUGUUUGGGUGUAGUUGCUGCUUUGCUUAUUAUACACAGGAGAAGAUGCUUGGGCCUAUCAC